CACAGCAUCAGAAGGAAUUUGGAUCUGUUGCUUGCUAGAGUGACCUUUAGCUGUCUGCGUAAAGAAGGACUGCAAAAGCCCUUCACAAAUACAGACUUCACAAGUGCACAUAGCGUAACAAACUGCUGAUCAUCAUGGCACUGGAUGGAUGUGGCACCGUCUGCAAAUAUAUCCUCUUCAUUUUCAACUUCAUCUUUGCGUUCGUGGGAUUUGCCUUACUGGGUCUAGGCCUGUGGCUGAGGUUCAGCAAUAACACCAAAGGCAUCUUUGAAAUAGAUUUCCUCAACUCAAGUGCAUUUGUUAUGGGUGUGACGGUUCUGAUCACUUUGGGUUCAGUGAUGCUGAUUGUUGUGGUGUUUGGAGACUAUGGUGCCUGUAAUGAGAAAAGAUGGGCUCUACAAGUGUUCUCUGUCCUUCUGGCCAUUCUGACUGUAGCUGAAGUUGUUUUUGGAGUGCUCGCCUUUUCCAGGAGAUAUGCGCUUGGAGCUAAAGUUGUGGAGUUCUACACUAGCAUGUAUGUUCUGUAUUUAAAAAAUGGAGGAGAUCCAGCGAUUGGUGUCACUCUCACAUUCGUCCACAAAAUGCUUCACUGCUGUGGCGUGACAGGGAUAUCGCUGAUAGAGUUGGCUCAACAGACCUGUCCCAAGACAGAUAGAAUUUAUGAGCACUUCAUCAUGCCUAGUUGUCCUGAUGUUAUCAAAAAUGUCUUUGACAGUAAAGCACCACUGGUGAUGGGCAUCUUCUUUGGAACUGGAGCUCUUUUGAUUAUCGCCCUGGGCAGCACCAUUAUCCUCCUGAAACAGAUGAAGAGACUCAGUCAGGACAUCACUGCAUACUAUUCGACCGUGUACUGAAGAAGAGGAUUCUGUUUUCAGCCCUUACCCUGCCUCAUCAACGAAGACCAUUGCUGGAAUUCAGGCUCAACCAGCCUCGUCAUUAAAUAUGCCAGGGUUUAAUGACUGGACAGUUAGCUUCACUUUGUUGUUCAUACUCAUUGUUUCUUUACUAUAGAGGUGUACUGUUACAAUAGUACUAGACAAUUUUUUCUUUGCCAUAGUUUUGUAAGAUCGGCAUACCACUUACUUUCCUUUAUUCGUGAUGUAUGUUCAAAGGGCCACAGGACUGGCCAGAAAAAAAUUCCAGGACCUUAUUAAGCAUGAUGAUAAAAUUAUGCUGGGUGCCCUCGGUCAUCAGGUUCUGCUUGAGGCCGUUAAACUGACUGUAUAAACAUUUCAAAAGGCAUCCUUUAGAGCUGUGAAGCAUCAAGUGCUUUGUAAAUUACGGUUUGAUACUGAGGAAAGCACUUUGCCAUUAAAAUAAAUAUUGUUAAACUUUCAUUCCCUCAUGUUCCUGCUCCUGUCAAAAGCUUCUGUGACCACAUAAAAGUGCAUAAAGUGUCCUGUUUAGACAGAAAACUGUUGAAUGCUUUGAACUUUAUAUGUAUUGCUUUGCUUAUUGUUUUCUGUCUGUACUCUAUAGUACUAACUAUUACAUUGUGAUAUACUGUUUUUAAGUUCACAAUUUUAGAAAUAUAUAUUCCAUAGAGUAUUUUUCUUCUUCACCUACACCUCUCUACUUGUUUCUAUAAAAUGACAA